AUGUCCGCCCAGUCUGGAAGCGUCCGACGAGACUUCACCAGCUCACGGCACUCCGUAUCCUACGACCUGAUCUCUCCACUCAAACUAGACUUGUCCGGCAAGUACGCUCUGGUUACAGGCGCAUCCUGGGAUACCGGCGUCGGCUUCGCUACGGCGUCGGCCUUUGCACGGGCAGGCGCGUCAGGUAUCGCCGUCGUCGACUUGCGCGGCGUGUCCGCUGACCUCGUCGCGAGGCUCAAACAGAUCGCGAGGGAGGCAGGACGCGAUGAACCGAUCGUAGUCGAUUGCACCACAGACAUUGCCGAUGCAACCAGUGUCAAAACCGCCCAUGAAAAGAUAGCUGUUGCAUUUGGCGGGCGUCUCGAUGUCCUUGUCAACAACGCCGCGCACAUGGAGCCUUAUGAAAAGUUCCUCGAUGCGGAUCCAGAUGUUUACUGGCGCACAUGGCAAGUCAACCUCGGCGGCCUCUUUAACAUGGCUCGUGCCUUCCUGCCGAUGAUGCUAUCGACCCGCGCGUCGGGCGACGGGCUCUGCACGAUGAUCAACGUUUCUUCAUCAGGCGCGCUCAGCGCACGUCCGGCUAGCACGGGGUAUCGAUCGUCCAAGCUUGCAGUCACACGUUGGACAGAAUCCAUUCAGCUGGACUAUGCCGACCAAGGGCUUCUGACUUUCUCCGUCAACCCCGGCGCCAUCAAGACCGAGAUCACCAAGGGCGGUCUGCCCGAUCAUCUGCGCGAUUCUCUUCCCGACAAGCCGGAAAUUGCAGGCGAUACAAUUGUGUGGCUGGCAGCUGGGCGUCAGGAAUGGCUGGCUGGCCGAUACGUUAGUUGUCCGUGGGAUAUGGAGGAGUUGAUGCAGAUGAAAUCUGCCAUCAUUGAAGAGGACAAGCUCAAGCUGAAGAUGGCUUUCUAG